AUGGCGCUAUUCUUCCAUUGUGCUAGUCACGUAUUGAAUCUUGUAUUUAAUGAUUUAAAUAACGUAAGUGAAGUAAGAAAUACAACCGGGAUCAUAAAAGAAAUAAUAAAUUUUUUUAGAGAGAGCACAUUGCGUAGACAAAUUAUUCCCAAUAUUCCUUUACUCUGUGAAACUCGUUGGUCAGCAAAAUAUAAGAGUAUUAGCAUUUUUGCUGACAAUUUUAUUGUUAUUGUCAAAGCUUUGGAAGAACUAUCAAAAAGUACAGCAAAUUCAAAAACCAAAAUUAAAUCUUAUCAACUCUUUACUGCUGCUACUACACCAGUUUUUAUUGUUACAUUGCAAGUAAUAGCUGUUUAUUCCGCUAAAUUUGAACCAGUAUGCAAUCUACUUCAACAAGUUAAUAUAAAUUUGAAAACGGUGAACAAUCACAUAACCAAACUAGUUGAUACUUUGCAGUUGUAUAGAAAUUGUGCGUCCACUGAAUUUACCGUAUUAUUUGCAAAAUCUAAAGAAAUCGCUGAAGAACUUGAUGUUGAAAUACGUCCACCUCGAGUUCCACCUCAAAGAUCAAAUCUUACAUUAUCUACAAACCAUGAAGAGUUUUUCAGAAUAUCCAUUUUCGUUCCUUAUCUAGAUUCAGUUAUAUCAUCAUUAAAAGAUCGCUUUUCUAAAAUUCACAAUCAAUCAUUUUCUCUAAUGGAUCUUCAUCCUUAUGCUAUGAAAAUCAUGAGUAAAGUACAGUUUAUUUGCACAUCAAAUGAUAUUGUAAAACUCUAUGGAAAUAUUUUGUCAUCAAAUUUUGUAACCGAAGCCACAACAUGGUAUGAAAUGUGGAAUAAUGGUGAAAAACCAUUAGAUUCUAUUGAAUACUUAGAUUUGAUCGAAAUGUCAAAAGAUUUUUAUCCAGCUGUAGCCAACGCAAUCAAGAUCGGAGCAACUCUUCCAACAACAACUUGCAGCAUUGAACGUUCAUUCAGUACUUUAAGACGAGUCAAAACAUGGAACAGAGCCACUAUGGGUGAUAACCGAUUGUCCGGAUUGUGUAUGAUGAGUGUACAUAGAAAAAGACUAGGAGAGGAUACCAAAUUCAUUGAAAAUUCAAUUGAAGAAUUUGGAAAAAAACCUAGGCGUUUACAAUUAUUAUUUAAAAAAUAA